CCUAAUGGAGACAGUGCACGAGGGGUGGGUGGCAUCAUUAAAGAAAAGGACAUCACAGACACCAAUCAGAUGCGUUCGCCUGAUCUAGAAGAAGCUCAUCCUGGUUGCGAACUUGAUUGAGACCCAAGUUGAAAAUGCUUGAGGGUCUUUGAUUAUUUUCGAGGUCAACUCCGUUCCAUAACAUUUUCUGUUAAGCUGAUGUAAAACUUCUGAUACUUUCAUCUUACUUUGCCUAAUCUCGUGGUGUUUGAACAGAGAUGCAUUUCGAGGAGGACGUCAACCUGUCUGUCAGUUGCGGCAACGGGAAGCUUAGACAGUGGCUGAUCGAUCAGAUUGACAGCAAGAGCUACCUGGGCUUGGUUUGGGAGAAUGUGGAGAAAUCCAUUUUCAGGAUACCGUGGAAGCAUGCGGGCAAACAAGAUUACAACAGAGAUGAGGAUGCUGCGCUUUUCAAGGCCUGGGCACUUUUCAAGGGCAAAUACAAAGAAGGUGUGGACAAACCGGACCCCCCCACAUGGAAAACCCGUCUACGGUGUGCUCUGAACAAAAGCAACGACUUUGACGAGCUGGUGGACAGAAGCCAGCUGGACAUCUCCGAACCCUACAAAGUCUACAGAAUCAUCCCCGAGGGGGUCAAAAGAGGUGCCAAGUUGGGCAACAUGGAGGAGCCACAAGCGCGUAUGAAUACCCAUGGCUACAUCCCGACCUACGUUGCUUCAACGAACCAGGUGUCGGGCUACGGGUCGUCCCAGGACAGCAGGGACUGGAGGGAGUACCCCCAGACGGAGCAGCACCCACUGCAGCCCCCCAGCACGCACCCCCACGGCCCCCUCACGGAGCUGCAGUACUACGCCACGGCGGCGGGCAGCCGACCGUGGUCCGGGGCCCUGCAGGAGAACGGUGUGCAAUGCAGUGGUUCCUUCUACACCUUUUCUCCAGAGUCUCUGACCACAUUAUCCACAGUGGAGCCCAGCAGUGCCAUAUCUGGUAAUAACACAAAUGCAUACGACCUCGGCCUUCACAUCUCCCUGUACUACCGGGAGGCCCUGGUGAAGCAGGUGGUCACCACCAGCCCGGAGGGCUGUCGGAUCACCUCUUACCCCCCCACCCCCUCCUCCCGGACCUCCCCCUCCACCUCCUCCUCCGCCUCCUCCUCCACCUCCUCCUCCCCCUGCUCCGAGGAGCGCCCGCCCGGCGGCGGCGGCGGGGGGCCCGAGGUGGUCCUCUUCCCCGUCCCCUUCCCCGAGUCCCAGCGGCAGGGGGCCGACAAGCUGCCCGACGUGCUGGAGAAGGGCGUGAUGCUGUGGAUGGGUCACGACGGCCUGUAUGCCAAGCGGCUGUGCCAGGGACGCGUGUACUGGGAGGGCCCGCUGGCCCCCAACAAGGACAAGCCCAACAAGCUGGAGAAGGAGUUCACGUGCAAGCUGCUGGACACACAGCAGUUCCUCACCGAGCUCCAAGACUAUGCGCACUAUGGCUGCCGGGCUCCCAGACAUACUGUGGUGCUGUGCUUCGGUGAUGAGUACCCUGACCAGCAGAGACACAGGAAGAUGAUCACAGCACAGGUGGAGCCCAUGUUCGCCAGAAGGCUGAUGGGCUACUACCAGCAGCAACACAGCAGCCAGUGGCGAGGCUACGACCACGGCCACGAGCAAGAGGCCGUUCCACCUCCUGUCCACUACCCAGCCCAGAGAUCGGCCCUGCAUCACAUUCAGGACUGAUCGCUCACCUCCUCCACCGGCCCCACCACCUCCAUCACCAGCACCACCUCCUUUUCAAUGUUCCCCGAUCGUUUCCCCCUCCAUCUCCUCUCGUUUUCGUCCCCCUUUUAUACGCUCAAAUGCCCACGUGCUCAGAGGAGGACAUGUGGGGGACAGGACGCCAUCAAGUGACAAGCAAAUGGAAGACACACCGACGACGCUCAAGAAGACUAUGUGAGAAAAAAACAAUUACAGGAACUGGGAUGACCGACAGUCGUCACAACGUGACUAAUCAGCCUUAUUUUCCAUCCCUACGCUAAAGGAAAUCAGACUCACUGAUUGUCUUUUUGUUCGUUUGCCACUGCAUGUAUUUGUUCCUUUUCAAAUAAAUGCUAUAGAAAUGGCUUAAGCCGA